GGGGGGAGACAGGAGACUGGAGACCUGCUGCAGGAAACGGUUUCUCUGCUUUGCAAGACGGAGAGAGAGGAAACACUAGCUCUGGAGUCACUCUGUAUGGGGGCCCUGUGUGAACUGGUGACUCCUGCAGGAGAGAAUGCCUCAGGCUCAAGAGAAUAUAGAAAGCAGCUGGUCUUGGGUAGUGCUGCUGGCCACCUUGGUGGUGCAGAGCAUGACACUGGGCUUCCCUCCUUGUAUCGGUGUCUUCUACGCUGACCUCCAGCAUGAUUUCCAAGCCAGCAACAGCGAGACAUCCUGGUUUCCCUCCAUCCAGAUCGCAUUACUCCAUGCUGGAGGGCCCAUUUGCAGUGUACUGGUGGAGCGCUUUGGUUGCCGCGUGACAGUGAUGCUUGGGGGAGUCCUGGCUGGGUCGGGCAUGGUGGCCGGCUCCUUCUCCCGCUCCCUUAGCCAGCUCUACAUCACAGCCGGAUUCAUCACAGGCCUGGGCAUGUCCUUCAGCUUUCAGGCAGGCAUCACAGUGUUGGGACACUACUUCUCCCACCACCGGGCACUGGCCAAUGCAUUGGCCUCAUCUGGUGUCUCCCUUGGCAUCUCACUGUGGCCCCUGCUUUCCCGCUACCUCCUGGAGGACUUCGGGUGGAGAGGCACCUUCUUGAUCUUUGGUGGGGUCCUCCUUCAUUGCUGCGUCUGUGGGUCUGUCAUGAGGCCUGUGGCUCCUAAGGCUGAGACAGCCUACCCCCCACCCAACAAGGUCCCUGAACCGGGUUGUCUGUUGACUUGUGGUCGGGCUCUGCAGAGACAUCUGGCCUUUGACAUCUUCCUCCAGAACCAGGGCUACCGCAUCUACACCCUGAGUGUAGUAUGGUUGCUGAUGGGCUUUAUGGUCCCCCAAAUCUUCCUGGUGCCCUUUGCCUUGAACCACAACAUAGAAGAACACAAGGCUGCUUUGCUUAUCUCCAUAAUUGGCUUCAGCAACAUAUUCCUCAGGCCUGUGAUUGGGGUGAUGUCUGGCUGGUCAAUGUUUGCUGGUCACCGUGUGUACCUUUUCGCCCUGGCAGCCUUGUUAAAUGGGCUGAGCAACUUCAUCUGUGUCAUCUCAGCCAGCUUCUCUGUGCUGGUUUUCUAUUGCGUGGUGUUCAGCAUCUCCAUGAGUGGCGUCGGGGCUUUGCUGUUCCAGGUGCUCAUGGAUAUAGUGCCCAUGAACAGAUUCUCCAGUGCCCUGGGCCUCUUCACCAUCCUUGAGAGUUUCACCGUCCUCGUAUCUCCUCCGCUAAUUGGUCUAAUUUUAGACACUACUGGCAACUUCAACUAUAUUUUCUACCUGGCCAGCUUCUUCCUCAUCUCGUCUGCCUUGUUCUUGGGCCUCAGCUUCUUCAUCCUCCAGAAGAAGAAUAAGGAGAAACAAAUGAUGGACAGAGUCCAUGAAGAACCUGCUUCGGAAAAGGACCUCAACCAGAGAUACACAGAGGAGCCAGUGACUCAGCCACACUCAACAGUCAUGUAUGUGACAUAUGUCACCAGCGUCUGAGCCAAGGAGCUCAAGGGUGCAUAGACCACCAAUCGUCCCUGACUCUAGGCCCUCCUGUGCUAGCCCUCCCUUUAUUAUGUCUCCUUGGUCUCCCCACUCAGGGCCCAAUGAAGCACUACCUUCUUGAGCUCUCUUACCCUGUGAUCCGAAGGCUCCUCGAACCCCUGGCUCUCUCCCCUUGAGGGGACCAGAAAGAGGAAAUUGCUUGUAUCUUUUCCCAACUCUCUGCCUCUCCCACCUCUUGGGGAGGAGCAACAAGGUCUAUCUCUGAGAGAACUAGGGGAGAUUGUGAGCAGCACUGGGUAGAGGGAACCAGAUUUGUUCUAGCUGAGACCAAGAAAAACAGUAUGUUUGAAUUAUACACAAGGACAUUGUUUCUUGGAGCAGCUGGCUCUAAAACUCUUUGAACUAAUGAGGUGAAUUGAUGAAGCACAGAAAAUAAGUGUGGGGUAAGUUUUAUUUCCCUUACCCUGACCCUUCUUUUUUUUUUUCUCCACUUGGCAAGAGCAGACUGGUUGGAAUUUUGUUUGUUGAUUUGACUGGAUUGAGUUUCCAAAAAGAAGCUUUCUCAGGGACCUUUAAGAAUUGAUUUUCUUUGCAUGACCUGAACUUAUUCUCUGUUCUGCUGCAUGCAGGCAGGGCUGGAGUGCCAUGGCCCUGAUUCUGCCCAGCAGGGAUGAGUCAGUACCCUCAUUGGCACCCCCUCUCUCAUUAUCAAGUGAAUGUGGACCUACUCUGGAUCUCCCUGCUUCUCUGUGCUAAAAUCCCACCUAUCCCCUGUGGUAUAAGGCAGAGAUGCUUCAGGCACAAGCCCCUAUAUUGAACUAUUUUUUCCUGAUAGGGCAGAGGGGAAUUCAGAUUUACAGGAUAUUUGUCAAGUGCCCACUGUGUGCCAGGCAUUGUGCUAGCCAUCGUGGAGAAUGCAAAGAUGAGCAAAAAACUGUCAGAGAGUGCUAGAAGCUCUUGAGGAGCUUAUGGUCUAACAGUAGGGCAGGCUAGAAGUCUGGCAUGGGCCAGCAGGCACAUAUAUUUGCUGCUAAAUACCAAACCUUAAAGGUUUUAUGUAGGGUUUGGUGUUUUUCAUUUUUUUUGUGGCCCCCCCCACCCCUCCCCUGCAAGGUUAGCAGGAGGCAGCUGGGUGGCUCAGUGGA